UUUGAUAUAACAAUGACUUCUUCCUGCUACUUGAUGUAGCUAAAUCGGCCACCGUUGGAGUUUACACUAUAUCCCAACUGCGGAGGGAACGAGCUUCAGCGGGAGUUCUGACCAGAGGGGGGCUGGAAGGCGCUCAUCUUUGCCGCAGGGCACCUCCAUCAUGAGCGGCUCCCUCCUGUGGGCCGUGGAUGUGUAUGGAAGGGUGUACUCGCUGUCCACCGCUGGAGGGCGCUGGGACCGGUCUAAGGACAAGGUGCUGGAACUGAAGAAGCUGGGAGCUGUCAAACAGUGUUGCUGGGGCGUCGGAUGCGAUAAUCAGCUGUACCUCAAUGUCAACCCAACCGAUGUGGCAAUACGCUAUCAAGAGGAGACGUAUGAAAACCAGCGCUGGAAUCCCUUGGAGGGCUUCACGGAGAUGCUGCUGCCCACGGACCGCUGGGCGUGGACAGACGAGGCUGGUCUGAUCUCCCAGCCCCUGCACAGCUUCCAGCUGCCCUCCGAGAGCUGGGAGUGGGAGGGAGACUGGUUCGUCCACGACGAGACGUGCGGGAGACCCUCCUCUGGCACAGGGGGCUGGGAGUAUGCUGUGGACUUCCCCGCCAGCUUCAGCAAGGAGAAGAAGUGGAACUCGUGUGUCCGCCGCAGACGAUGGCUCCGCAACCGGCGUUACAGAGCCUUUGGAUCAUGGUCUAAGAUUCCCCUGGACAGGGGUAGGCCCCCUCCUCAGCCCUUCAUAGACAUCAGCUGUGGAGGACAUCUAAUGAGCAACAGCAGUGACAAGCGCCUCUACCUCUGGGCCGUGUCCCAACAGGGCAGGGUGUGGUUCCGCAGCGGCAUCGAGCACCUGAAGCCGGAGGGUUGCCGCUGGGAGGAGCUGGGGGGGCCAGGGGAGGUGGCCCAGGUGAGCUGCGGCCCUGGAGACCUGCUCUGGGCAGUGCUGUGGGACGGCCGCCUGCUGGUCAGAAGGGGCAUCAACCCUGAACAACCCAAAGGGACCUCAUGGGCAAUAGUGGAUCCUCCUAAGAAGAACCUGGCAGUGGCCCAUGUGUCUGUGGGCAUGUAUGUGGUGUGGGCCGUCACCAAGGACAACAAAGUGUGGUUCCGGAGGGGCGUGAACUCCCAUAACCCCUGUGGAUCGGGCUGGAUUAACAUCUCUGGGGAGAUGCUGAUGGUCAGCGUGGGGCCUUAUGACCAGGUGUGGGCCGUCGGGAGCGAGGACCGUACCAUCUAUUUCCGCCAAGGGGUGACGAGCAGCCAGGUGACGGGGAGCGGCUGGACUCCGGUGGUCGCCCAGUGGGACAGCAGCCGCCCCCCCGAGCGCCCACCAAGCCAUGACUACAGUGGGGAGAUGACGGACUCGUCCCAGGGCUCGGUGCUGGGCCUGGCCGACUCCCCUGCAGGGCCUGAGAGUCCCCCUCCUAAACCCUCCAUCCCCAAGAUCACCAGCGACAGCUUCAUCUCCGCCCUGGUGUCCGACCGCGAGUGCACCAUCCGGCCCACAGGCACCACCACCACCAUCCCCGCACCUCCAGCCACCCUGCCCACCGAUGCCCUGGCAGAGGAAGGGGCCUCCAUGGAGGAAGAGGAGGUCCCGUUGACGUCCCCCAGUGAUGCAACCUCCCCCAAGACGCCCGGCACGGAUCCCUGGAGCAACGUGGACCUGGAGGAAGAGGCCAGGAAGAGGCAGUCUGUGGCCACUCUCGGGCCCGGAGAGGGGGCUCCCCAGGGGGCCUCUGUGGCCACGUACUCCCUGGAGCUGCCGGAAGGGGAGGACAGGCCCCCGUGGUGCUGGGUCAGUGGCGGGGGAUGUGUGCUGAACGCAGACACCAAGAUAGGCUGGCUGGAGUCUGCGGAAGACAAGCCGAGUUCUGUGCCCUUAUCGAUGACUCCUGCACAUGCCACAGCUGAGAAGAAGAAGGAGGCAGCAGAUGACCUGAUCUUUGAGAAGUCGGUGAGCAUGACCAAAGGGCAGGUGCGGUGGUGGAGGGACUGGCAGCCUCAUCAGUGGGAGCACGUAGGCCUGGCUCUGGAGCAGGCCCAGACCGAGCCCAACAGGAGAGACGACAUCCUCUACGUCUACUACACAGAGAACAAUGACAAGAAGUUCCUGUGUGUUCCCAUAAGUGAGGUGACAGCGUUGGUGCCCAGGUUUAAGGAGUCUCUGUACUGCUUUGCCGUCUACACAGCAGAGAGGACCAGGCAGCGCUGGCCCCUGCUGCUCUCCACACACACCCUGCAGGACCUGCAGCAAUGGCUGUCCCUUCUGGGCGAGUCCUGUUGCCUGAGCAGGGGUGUGGUGGGUCGGCCCUCUGUGCAGGCCCUGUGGGCUGUCACCUCCAAGGGGGACAUCAUGGUGCACGAGCCCCCGCCCAGUCUAGAGGCCCCCACGCCCAACCCAACCUGUGACAACAUGUUCUGGUACCAAGUCCCAGGUCACCUGCAGGUGGUGGAGAGCAAUAGUCUGGGUGUGGUGUGGGGCAUUGGCUAUGAUGGCACAGCUUGGGUCUACACGGGUCACGGGGAGUCCUCUGCUGAGGGUAAUGAGCACACACAGGUGGACGUGAGGAGCAUGUUCAUCUACGAGAACCAGCGCUGGAACCCCCUCACUGGAUACACAGACAAGGGUCUCCCUCUGGAUCGUCACAUGUGGAGCGAUGCCACUGGCCUGAAGGAGUGUACCAAGGCCACCACCAAACCACCCUCCCCGCAGUGGGCCUGGGAGACAGAUUGGGCUGUCGACUUCAACGCCCCAGAGGGAACAGACAAGGAGGGCUGGCAAUAUGCUGCUGACUUCCAUGCAGGCUACACUGGCAGCAAGACUCUAAAGGACUUUGUGAGAAGGAGACGAUGGGUUAGGAAGUGCAAAAUCCAGCUGACCGGCCCCUGGGUGCAGGUCCCGCCCAUCCCGCUGAGUGACAUCACCAUCCUGCCGUGCCUGGCCAAGAGCAGCAUGGAGCAGGUCCCCCUGUGGGCCAUCAGCGAGAGGGGAGACGUCUUGUGUCGCCUGGGCGCGACGAGAGACAACCCCGCUGGAAACUCCUGGCUCCACGUGGGCACGGACCAGCCAUUCCGCUCCAUCUCCAUCGGUGGAGGCCACCAGGUGUGGGCUAUUUCCAAAGACAACUCUGUGUUCUACCGGGGCUCUGUGUCAGCCCAGAACCCUGCAGGUGAUUGCUGGUACCACAUCCCCUCUCCGCCCAAACAGAACCUCAAGCAGCUCUCCGUGGGGCGGACAUCAGUUUAUUCGGUGGACAUGAAUGGGAACCUGUGGUACAGACAAGGGGUCACGCCCAGCUAUCCCCAGGGAACCGUGUGGGAGCUCAUCUCCAACAACGUCAACAAGGUCACAGUCGGCCCACUGGAUCAGGUGUGGAUUAUCGCUGAGAGGGUACCAGGAUGCCCCACUGAGGCUGACGGGAUCGUGUGUCACCGGGCAGGGAUGCAGCCCAUGCAUCCCAAAGGACAGAGCUGGGAGUUUGGCAUCGGGGGAGGAUGGGAGCACGUGUCGGUCAGAGGGAAUUCCCAGGAGCCACCGCGGGCCCUCAGCCGCAGUCCGCAGCCCCCCCGCACCCCCAAACAGGUGAACGGCAACGUUGUGGCAUGCUGAGUGUGUGCUCAUCAUCACAAUGUCUGUUUACUGUCCGCCCACCCCCCACUCCCCCGUCUUUACUCAUGCACCUGUCACAAUAAGCUUGUGAACCACUGGCCCAGGGUCAGGCAGGAGAUGUCUGCACGGUCAAUUGCACUCUGAAACACCCUGUGGCCCACUGAUCUGGAGUCAGGUGUCACACAAUAACUAUAACGCACCACCUCACAUUCCUUUUCCUUUGAACCAUGAAGUGACUUUUGUUGUAUGAUUUUGUGUUGAGGCAUGGUUUUGUUGGUUUUGGUUUUGUUUUUGAAUUUUGUUGGUGACCAUAACAGAUUUAUUUUGUUUGGUAACGUGGCAUGUUUGGUUAUUAAUGAUAUUGAGCAUUAAUAACAGUAAUAAUAACCAUGGUAUUAACAUGAUUGCUGUGAAUGUUUUUGUUCCACAAGUUAACCUUUUCAACACGUCCUGUCAUCUUAUUAUUCCAUUGAUUUUCAUUAUUUGCACUCCCAUGAAGUCUAAUAUUGUUUCAUGACAGAUCAUUCAAUCCAAAUAAAAGUGUUUAUUGAAAUUUAAAUAACGUUAAAUUUCUGCCUUGAAACAAUGUGA